CCCAGAAGGGAAAGUCGAAGUAUCGACAGCGCCCGGUUAUAAUCCGGGUUGAGGAACAGCAAUUUUUCAGCUUUUCUGGAGGAAUGCAAAGUUCUCUUUCCUUAAGACAAAUGAGCAUUCCAAAAGGUUUGGGCUACCUGACCAUUAUGGCACCAAGAAACCUCUUGUAUAUGAGAAGUAACUUUCUUUUUGGUUCAAGAUGUUGGAUGAUCCGAUUUUCAGCAGAAAUCCUCUUUAAAUCAGUUUCAUUUAGGCUUUUCAGUAUGAAAUGUGAUAAUGCAGACAGUGAACCUUUGGAAAAUGAAGAACUGCUGAAUAACUUACUUACUAUGGGAGUAGAUGUUGACAUGGCAAGGAAACGACAGCCUGGAGUUUUUAAUAGGACAGAUACUAAUGAGCAGAACCUGAAGACAUUCCUUCUGUCUAAAGGAGCUAGCAAAGAAGUGAUUGCUAGCAUCAUAUCAAGAUAUCCACGAGCCAUGACACGCACACCUGAAAGUCUUUCAAAUCGGUGGGAUCUGUGGAGAAGAAUUGUGACAUCAGACCUUGAAAUUGUAGCUAUUUUGGAACGUUCUCCUGAAUCUUUUUUUCGGUCCAGUAACAACCUAAACUUAGAGAAAAAUAUAGAGUUCCUCUACUCAGUUGGAUUGACCCGUAAAUGCCUUUGUCGAUUGUUGACCAAUGCCCCGCGUACCUUCUCCAAUAGUCUUGAUCUGAAUAAACAGAUGGUUGAAUUUUUGCAAGGAGUCUGUUUGUCUUUGGGUCACAAUGAUCCCACAGGUUUUGUCAGGAAGAUAAUUUUUAAAAACCCUUUCAUCUUAAUUCAGAGCACCAAACGGGUAAAAACUAAUAUUGAAUUUUUACAGUCAGCUUUCAACUUGAACAAUGAGCAGGUGCUUGUUUUGAUACAUGGUCCAGGAGCUAAAAUCCUAGACCUUUCCAGUGAUUGUAUGAGAAGAAACUACACAAAUAUCAAAGAAAGACUGUUUUCUCUUGGGUGUACUGCAGAAGAGAUACGAAAGUUUGUUUUAAGCUGUCCAGAUGUGAUCUUCUUGGGACAGAAAAAGUUUAGUGAUAAAAUAGACUGCCUCAUAGAAGAAAAAAUUAGCAUUUCACAAAUAAUUGAAAAUCCUCAGGUUUUGGAUUCAAGCAUAAGCACUUUAAAAAGUCGAAUCAAAGAAUUGGUAAACGCUGGCUAUAACUUGAGUACAUCAAACAUCAGUCUUCUGUCUUGGAGUCAAAAAAGAUAUAACGCUAAAUUGAAAAAGUUAAACACUGGACAGAAUGUUGUUCUGGGGAAUUAA